UAGGAGGGUUAUGGUAGCGGAAACAAACGCCACUCCCAGGGUGAAGCGAUUUAGAGUUUCGUGUUUGAGACGGAGCUGCAGCUGCUGAAAGAGAUGGCUACAGAGUGUGUCACCAAGGUGGAGCUUUCCAUUUCCUGUCAGAAUCUGAUUGAUAAGGAUGUUGGUUCUAAAUCUGAUCCACUUUGCGUAUUGCUGCAAAACAUGGGAGGAGAUAAGUGGGUUGAGCUGGAUCGAACAGAGAAAAUAAAGAAUUGCCAGGAUCCUGAAUUUUCUAAGAAGUUGCAUAUAGAUUAUUAUUUUGAGAAAGUACAAAAUUUGAAGUUUGGUAUUUAUGAUAUUGACAAUAAAUCUGUUGACCUUAGUGAUGAUGAUUACCUGGGAGGAUUUGAAUGCACCUUGGGACAGGUGGUUUCCAGCAGGAAACUAAUUAGGCCCCUGGAACUGAAGAAAGGAAAACCUGCAGGGAAAGGAAUGAUUACAAUUACUGCGGAAGAAAUUAAUGAUAACCGAUGUGUAGUACUCGAAGUGGAAGCUAGAAAUUUAGAUAAAAAGGAUGUCUUUGGUAAAUCUGAUCCAUUCCUGGAGUUUUUUAAACAAGGACAGGAUGGUAAAUUGCAGCUGGCCUACAGAACUGAGGUGAUCAAAAACAAUCUUAAUCCUUGUUGGAAGCCUUUUUCUGUUUCACUUCAAACCUUCUGUAACAGUGACUUGAAUACACCAAUCAAGGUCAAGUGCUAUGAUCAUGAUAGUGACGGGUCACAUGACCUGAUUGGAGUGUUUGACAUUAGCAUGUCUGAAGUGCAGAAAGCAAGCCAAACCUCGCCGGUUGAAUAUGACUGUAUUCAUCCAGAAAAGAAACAAAAAAAGAAAAACUACAAAAACUCGGGGGUUGUCAAGAUCAAGUCUUGUAAGAUUGAAGCAGAGUACUCAUUCCUGGAUUAUAUAAUGGGAGGCUGCCAGAUUAAUUUUACGGUUGGCAUUGACUUUACUGGCUCUAAUGGAGAUCCUCGCUCCCCUGAUUCUCUUCAUUACAUGAGCCCCAAUGGGCUGAACCAAUAUCUUUCAGCCAUCUGGUCUGUGGGGCAGGUGAUUCAAGAUUAUGACACAGAUAAACUGUUUCCUGCAUUUGGCUUUGGAGCACAGGUGCCACCAAAAUUUCAGGUGUCUCAUGAGUUUGCACUCAACUUUAACCCCAACAAUCCUUAUUGUCAAGGUAUUCAAGGCGUUGUUGAAGCCUACCGAAUGGCACUGCCCCAAGUCAAACUGUAUGGACCAACCAAUUUUUCUCCUAUUAUCAACCAUGUGGGAAGAUUUGCAUCUUCAGCUGCUCAACAAGGCAAUGCAUCUCAAUACUUUGUGCUUCUGAUAAUUACUGAUGGUGAAAUCACUGAUCUGGACCAAACAAGGCAAUCAAUUGUCAACUGCUCCAGGCUGCCAAUGUCAAUCAUCAUUGUUGGUGUUGGCCAGGCGGACUUUAAGGCAAUGGAGUUCCUAGAUGGUGAUAAUGGAGUACUAAAAUCUCUAACUGGAGAGGCUGCAGCCAGAGACAUAGUGCAGUUUGUACCAUUUAGAAAUUUUGAGAAUGCACCUAAAGAAGCACUGGCGCAGAAUGUCUUGGCAGAGGUCCCUAAGCAGUUGGUUUCCUACUUCAAGAUGUUGAAUCUGCCUCCAGUUCAGCCUCCAAAGCAGCAGCCAAAAGCACUGUGAAGCUGACAGGAAAAAAAAUGCAUGACAUGGAUCAAAGCACUCAUUCCAUAACCUGUUAAUAGCUUGAUAGAUUACUUCAUUUUUUCUAUGUUAAUUUUUAUAUUAAAUUAGGGAACAUGGUUUUUGUAUAUGUAACAAAAAAGCAUGUAUAGUCUGUCAAGUAUGUUAUCUGAGCCUUAUGCUAAUCAUUUUUCCACCCCUGCAGUGUCACUAUUAUGUAGUGUUGAGUGGAGGGCACUUUUGAGAGUAGUUUUUUAUAUUUGGUAAUAUGAAUGCCUAAUUCAUUCAAAUGGCUGUCUCUUAAUAUGCAACAAUCCAAAGAAAUCAUGAAAAAAUUAAGAAACUACUACUAAGCAGAAUUUUGGCAGAUGGGGGCUGGGUAACUCUCUGUUUUAUGCAUUAUAAAAUAUGCACAGAUUUAAUCCAUUUGAUGAUAGGCUGUUAAAUUCAAAUGCACUUGUUUAAAAAAAAA